AUGGGCGAGAUGGGUUCUGUUUACAAUCAGCAUUUUACAGGGGGCUGUACAAAGACUGAAGAGGAGGAAGCGCCGAGCUCCGAAGAAGACCCGGGCUCCUUCUCCGGCAGCGGGGUUUGCAAAUGGUUUAACGUCCGGAUGGGGUUCGGGUUCCUGUCCAUGACCAACAGAGAUGGUACUCCGCUAGAUCCGCCCGUAGAUGUUUUCGUUCAUCAGAGUAAGCUACACAUGGAGGGUUUCCGGAGUCUUAAGGAGGGCGAGGCCGUGGAGUUCACCUUCAAAAAAUCCUCCAAGGGUCUGGAGUCGCUCCGGGUGACGGGACCGGGAGGAGCCCCGUGUCUGGGUAGUGAAAAACGACCAAAGGGAGCCCAGAAACGCAGGUCCAAAGGAGACAGAUGUUACAACUGCGGAGGACCAGAUCACCAUGCCAAAGAAUGUCAGCUGCCCCCCCAGCCCAAAAAGUGCCAUUUCUGCCAAAGCAUCUCCCACAUGGUGGCCAACUGUCCAAUCAAAGCUCAGCAGUCAUCGCCCGGAUCUCAGGGAAAGUCAGCCCCCGUGACACAGAAAGAAGAGGAGAUGGGUCACACCCCUUUGCCUCCCGAGAGCUCUGACUGA